CUUGUUCGCGCGGUGUGUCCAGGAGAUCGCUGUGUCGCGUCGGAAAGGGCUCGCGGAAGGAGAGAGAACUCCAAGACCGAGUAAAGGGCAUAUAUACGUGCGUGUGUUCGACGUCACAGUUAUAUACACUUUCUAGAUUUCUUCUCUCUCUCUUUCUCUUGCGUCGUUGUAGCCGCGCCGACUUUCAGUUACGAAGGACCUUUUUUUUUUCUCGUUCAACUACUAUAUACUACUACCUACACCCCGCGUGUACGUAUAACAGCGAGUUCUCCAGCGAGAGUGGGCUAGAACAUGAAAACAUCUAUGGAGAAUCUGUUGUCCUGGGUCGCGCUGUUCAUGACCGCCCUUUAUUCUCUGCUCGCUAGCUGCCGAGGUGAAGAGUGCGGACACGAGGAGCUGGUGAGGUGCGCCAGGCCCCUUGAGAAAAUCAGCAGCAACGACCUGAGUCUCGUCGUAACGAAAAAGGAGGAGCUCAACAAACUGUGCCCCGAUCUCGAGGCCGGUAUGAAAUGCAUCACGAGGUACACGAUCAAUUGCAUGAAGGAGAAACAGAGGGAGCACUUCAACUCGCUCUACACCGGCACCAACAAGGCCAUCAUGGAACUCUGCCACGACGGCCCGUAUCAAGACGAAUUCUUGAAACACGCCCCGUGCAUGCAAAAAGUCAAGGCCGAGUACGAGAUGUGUUACAAAACGUAUCAGAAGACUACGCUGGAGAUGGAAAAGGCUUCGAAUCGCACGAUGGGAAGGCAAGAAGAUCUCAAGUCCCUCUGCUGUGCCUUCACGGAAUACUUGGAAUGUUCUCAUCAUACAGUCCGCCGUCAGUGUGGCGACGAUACAGCGCGAUUCACAAAGGAUUUCCUCGACAGAAUGUCAACCUCUCUGCUAAAAGCACACUGCGCGCCCUACACGCAGGAGAAGUGUGCUAUGCUCAGUGGUAGCUCGACGCCAAAUCUUUCUGCCAUUAUGGCGCUGACGAUUAUUCUCCUUAUGAGAUACUUCACAUAAUUGGCUCCGGCCAGGAUCACUUUUUACCUUCGAGAGAUAGAGGAUGGGAAGGCGCGGCAAGGGAUGGGGAAUCAAGCGAGAAGAACGGCCGAGGGAUGAAGAGGGAAGAGCCAUUCGACUUUUAUCGUGCUUUGCUUCAGAGAGAAUAUAUUCCUUAUUUUCCGAAGAGAGUGCUCGAAGAAUGGCCGAAGGAGGACGCAGCGGGAGAAAGGUAUUCCGGAAAGGCCGAAGGAAAGAAAAGGCGAAAAUAUAUGCCGAGGAAAGAAGAGAUAGAGAGAGAGUGAGCGCGUUUCCUCCCUCAAAGAGAAUAUGUUUUUCAUUUGCGAGAUGGUAUUGCAAGAGGAUGGCGAUAAUUACGAUUACGAAAGUAAGCAACGAUGAGAUCAGUAUUAAGAGCAGCUAAGGAGAAAGAAAGAGAGGGAGGACGUCCUACAAGAAGAAGAUGGUGGAGCAACCGGAAGAGGAGAUCGCGCGGGUGGAAAAUUGUCGCGAGUCGAACGAUAUAAUAAAAUAGAUCCCGCGUGUUGUCUCCCGGUGGGAGAGAGUCGUCUCGAUCGAUCGAUUCUCUCACCGCCAAGUCGGUACAACGGCACCGUCACGCAAGACUGACUCGAUCUUUUUAUUUGUUUUCUUUUUCCUUUACGCGAAAGAAAAAUCGCGACGAGAUGAAAAUGAAAUAUAUAUAUAUAUAAGAAUACUCUUUAUUAGCCGGCGAGAUCCUUUGCGAGAGGGAUAUCCUGUCUCUUAAUUGUCACUCGCGAGUCCUGACGCGACAAGUCGGAAGUUCCGCGAUCCAGAUGGUUGGAGAAAAAGGGCGACGACGAUGUAGGAAGCGGUGGGAGUGGAAGGGUUAAAGAUUUAUAGCGAGACGAGAGAAGAAAAGGCAAACGUGUCUUUCCGGCGCGUUUCCGCUUCGAUUUCGGAAAAGGGCGCUCGUGCGGAACGAACGAACGAGCUAUCGUCGUCGCUCUGAAAUCAAUUUCAUCGAAUAAUCGCGAUCCAUCGAUUCGCGCGCAACUUGCUCGAGUGAGAGAGAGAGAGAUCGCCGAAGAAGAAUCUAAGUAGAGCAAAGAAUUUCCGUGCUCGUUCAAAGAACGGCGGAUGAAAUCACUGUACGUUCCUUUGCGCGAGAGAGAAACGCGAGCGUGUUUCGUCAAAAGUAUUCGGGGGAUCGCUGUGAGCACCCAGUGAGCGUCUUCGACUUUGUCGAAAAGUUCAAGAAGUAGUAAAAUUAUCGCGACUUUGUCCAGGAGAAGGUCCCGUUCUAACUAUUCGUCCUCUCCGCAACAAGGUAGCGAGCCGAUAAGGUUUUUCACGGAGUAGCUCUCGAAGAGCUCUCUUUAUAUAGGUACGUCAAAACAAUUUUCUCUCCACGUAUUACACGAAUACUUUCUCGCACUCUGAUGCCAUUCGGGGGUCACUCGUUACAUUUUUUGGUUACAUUUUGCGCGCGAUGAACGAGAUUCGAAAGUUUUUCAACAGCGCUUUUUAAUUUCAGAGAGUCACACAAUGCAGUUUAAAAAAAAAGUAGUUUACUAAAAAAAAGGGAGAAAAAAGAAUCUCUCUUUCUCACCAGGACGCACUAAUGAACGCACGCUAGAAUUAUGGGGGAAUUUCGUCUAAUUAAAAAUAACCGAGAUAAUUAGAACGAUCGUUCAUAUAUAUAUUUUUUUUUUUUUUAAACAAAUUUCACGGAACACGUAAAUAACACGCGUGGAAAAUAUUUAUAAUAUUUGCGAAGCGCUGUUCAUAAACGGAACCUGAAAAUAGAGAAAGGGAGGUGAAAAGGUUGCAGAGCCGCGUUGCGGGCCACUUGCGGUGCGUUUGACAUGUUUGUUUGGCAUGCCCGUUUGUACAAAUGCAACAUGUCAGACGGGAUCCCGGCUAAAGAACCGGAUAUGAACGAGUCUAUAUUUUUCUGGCAUCCGACGUAGAGUGUUGUUACGUGUUACCUGCAUAGAGACACACGUAACACACACACACGUACACACGAGCGCGAUCGUACUCGCUGCACAAAUGAUAGUAUUAGCACUUGCAUUGUUGUGUCUUAAUUGUAAAGUAGGCGAAAUGGGAGAAAGAAUUGUGUGUGUGUGUGUGUAGGUGGGUGGGUAUAGAUGUGUGUGUGUGAGAAAGGGAAAGAAAUUGAACAAAUUGUCACGUAUCGAUUCUCCUAGCAUUCAUCACUAAGGCAUUAUGCGAUUCUCGAUACGGCCAAAGUAUAUCAGUUUUUUAAUAUUCGCGCGUUACAUUAUUUGUAUUUUUUUAACAAGUUUUUAUAUUAGGCGAUAUAUUAUUAUUAAUUUUUUGCGGUCAUUUAUUCAUUAAUGUUAUUAAAAGUCAGCGUUUGAACGAGCUUUUAUGCUCGUUGCUCUGUAAUAAUUAUUUUGCGACAUUGAAGAUAAUUCGAUUAAUUGAAAAUUUUUAUGAUGUUACGAGUAUGUGUCGUAAACAAUUAAUUGUAACCAAUUGUUUAGCUUAUGAGUUAUUAUAAAACCCAUAUGAGAGAGAGAAAGAGUCACGGUAUUUAAUCAAACGUGUCCCAUUCAUGCAAUUAUCGAUAUUUCUCUAUUAUCCUAUGCGCCAUUCGGAAUAUAAUGCAGAUUAAUAAUCUAGAAAUUAAAUUCCGUUCAACAGGGGGAUACGUUUAUCGAUAGCUUCGCUCGCUCUGCAUGUGUUAUAAUGCGAACUCGAUGUCGACAUCAUUUACAAUUUAUCAUAUCAUAGAAUUUGCUUUUAAACGGCGCAACGUGUUAAAACAAACGUCAAAAACAUAUGUUUCGAUAUGCGUUUUUAUUUUUUUUUCUGAGCUCCCGAGAAUCAUGUAAUCGUUUCAUUCGAGAGAAGAGAGACCACGGCAUGCCUGAACGGAGAGAUAUAUUUAUUUGUAAUAUAUAUACAUAAAUAUGUAUAAUUAAGUAAGAAAAUCAUUGUAAAUAUCAUCAAGCUGUCGAGCUUAAGAAAGUGUAAGAUAACUUAAAUACAUUCGCAAUAAAGUCUGUUAUUUUUCUUUAAAAAAAAA